UUCCCGACACUAGUUUGAGGAAUUCAACAGAAGCGACCUCUGCAAAAAACGUCAGAAUUAUUAAUUAAAACCCUUGAACAAGCAGAAAUUGUAAAAUAAAUUAUAAUUGGUGACAGGACAGACGAUAAAAUACGCAUUAUACAUUAUAAAUAUAUGAGAAAAAACAACAAACAAACAUAAUGCCGAAUAUUGUCGCAUUGAAGCUGAGCUCCAGUUACCCAACAACGGCCCAUUUUAAGGCCGUGGAUGAGGGCAGCCUCUUGGUCCUGGACCAAUUGGCAUUGCAGCAACAAAUCAAUGCAAAUUUCAUUUUCCACGCGAUUUCCAACUACAAGAAGACACCGUUCGAGCGAAAAACACAGGACUUCAUUGCCAAAAAAUGGCUGCAGAUCCAGAUGCUGUGGCGCGAGUUCCGGUUGAGGGAUAAGCAAAUACGCCGGAGCCACAAGGAUGAGCACUGGCUGGAGCACGGAUACUUCCAGCAGGAGCUGUACGAGUUGGUCCAUGAAAAAUAUUUGGCGGCCCGUAGCUGCCUCAGUCGCGACAAAAGAAAUCUCCUCAAUGGCAUACUUGGUCAGCCGGCGAUGCCAUAGUGUUUACUCAGUGAGGAGGAAGGACCGGGAGCUGGGGGUUUGCGACCCCCGUAAUAAAAAAUCAGAAACGAGCCGGCCGGAAAAAAAGGAAAAGCCAUUCGAAAUAAGGAGGCAAAAGGAUACGUACGUGUGAAAAACUUAUUCUGUGGCAACAGCAAGCAUCCGUGUGCGGCAUUCCCUGUGUCAAUAGUUCGAUUUCGAGAUGAUAUCCGUCAACAGGGAUUCCAUCAUAUAUCCAUUUUCAUUUCCAUUCCCAAUUUUAACUGGCCCGGCUCCCGGCAAUGGGCAAUCAAUCUGGCUGGACGCCGUUCCAUCUACACACCGUGAUUGAUUGCCCUCGGAAAGCGCCUAUCAAAAUCAUUAUGAUUUGGCGAAAGGUUCUUGAAGUCACGGUGAUAACAUCGAUUGUUUUUGGGGAAUUCUUUUAAAUAUCUAUGGCACUGUAACUCUGACUCAACUUAUAAUAAAUAAAACUAAAAACGCCAACUA